CCGCCGUGGUCGCGACGACGUGAACGUGCACGAUCAGAACGAAGCGCGCACAUCUGCGAGUACUGUUUUGUUAUCUAUUUGCGACUCGGCUCCAAUCAGGUGGCAAUCAUGAGCAAAGUGCACGGGGGGAUGAAAUGCGUGAAAUAUCUGCUGUUCGUGUUCAACUUCAUCUUUUGGUUAUCCGGCUUGUUGGUUCUGGCCGUGGGACUUUGGCUCCGGUUUGAUCCAGAAACGGUGGAGCUGCUGACAGGCAACGACGCCCCUGACACUUUCUUCAUCGCCGUCUAUAUUCUUCUGGGUGCGGGCAGUUUAAUGAUGCUCGUCGGCUUCUUUGGUUGUUUUGGAGCCGUUCGUGAGUCUCAGUGUCUUCUGGCCUCGUUCUUUGCCUGCCUGUUGAUCGUUUUCGCUGCAGAGAUUGCAGCGGGCGUGUUUGGAUUCAUCAACAAAGAGCAGAUUGUGGAGGAAGUGCAAAAAUUCUACAGCAGCUCCAUCGGCGACGCGUCCAAUUCCAACGCAACUGCCGUCGCACACAUUUACCACAAAACUCUCAACUGCUGUGGGGGUUCCACACCAGCUUCUCCAUCUGACCUGUGUGCUGACGCCCCAGAGGAGACCAAGGACUGUCUGAGCGCCAUCACAGAUUUCUUCAACGACAAGCUGCACGUCAUCGGCUACAUCGGGAUCGGCAUCGGAGGAGUAAUGAUUUUAGGGAUGAUCUUCAGCAUGGUGCUGUGUUGUGCCAUCCGGAACGGCAGGGAGGUCAUAUAGUAGUCGAGCCAUAGGAUGGAGCCCUCCUCUCCUCUCCUCUCCUCUCCUCUCCUCUCCUCUCCUCUCCUCUCCUCUCCUCUCCUCUCCUCUCCUCUCCUCUCCUCUCCUCUCCUCUCCUCUCCUCUCCUCUCCUCUCCUCGCUUCUGUGACGCUUCUGCUGUAGAUAUGAAUGCAUCGUCGCAUGCUAGCCUGCCUUUUUGUAAAGCUGACCUCUCGUGGAAUGUACUACAUACUAUACGUGCCUACUGGACAAGCCUUGUGCAGCUAACGUUUUCCUUUCUUACAUGUGAUCUAAAUGUGGUUUGCGUGUUUUCAAGUACUGGAUUUGAAUGUCAAGUUUGCCUCUUCUCCCAUGCUUGCGUGAGUAUUACUGCUCGGCCAUCUACUAACUUACAAAAGCAUGCAUGUGAACUUGUACUGGUGAUGUGCAUUCCAGUUCUUUUAAGUGAACCGAACCUGUAGAAUCAGUUCACUCAAAAGAUUCGUUCAAAAGAACCGUUCAAAAGAAUCGUUCACCGGAUCGUUCGCUACACUUUCUUAAUUAUUUAUUCUUAUUUUAUUUUUUUUUUACCUCGUGUGGUGUACCUAAUAACAGACCACUUGAUUAGGGAAAAAACCUUGGUCAAAGCUUAAGUGAAAGUGAAAAGUGCCACACCCGCCCUCACCCCCACCUCCUGAUUGGCUGUUUGAUCUGUGACGUCACUCGGACACUCCAUUAGGUACACCGCCAUUUUCAAGUGUACCUAAUAACUAGAGGACUAGAGCUUGACACUGGUGACCUUUGACCUUUGAUUCCCUCGUUAAGCGCACCUGCGUGAAAAGUUUUAGCUCCGGCGGAACGUGAAAGGAGCUAAAAGUUUUCACGCAGGUGCGCUUAACGAGGGUCACUUGGAAAACAUAUUGGAACGCGGCCCCGAGGACUAGAGCUUGACACCUGUGACCUUUGACCAUAAUAUUUCCCUAAUAAAGUGGCCUGUUAUUAGGUACACUUGAAAAUGGCGGUGUACCUAAUGGAGUGUCCGUGUGAUUCCCUCGUUAAGCGCACCUGCGUGAAAAGUUUUAGCCCCUGCGGAACGUGAAAGGAGCUAAAAGUUUUCACGCAGGUGCGCUUAACGAGGGUCACUUGGAAAACAUAUUGGAACGCGGCCCCUAGAGGACUGGAGGUCGACACCCCUGGUUUAAGUGAAAAAUGCCACACCCGCCCUCACCCCACUUUCUGAUUGGCUGGUUGAUCUGUGACAUCACUCGGACACUCCAUUAGGUACACCGCCAUUUCCAAGUGUACCUAAUAACAGGCCACUUGAUUAGGGAAAAAUCAUGGUCAAACUUAAGUGAAAGCGAAAAGUGCCACACCCGCCCUCACCCCCACUUUCUGAUUGGCUGUUUGAGCUGUGACGUCAUUUGGACACUCCAUUAGGUACACCGCCAUUUUUAGGUGUACCUAAUAACAGGCCACUUGAUUAGGGAAAAAUCAUGGUCAAAGCUUAAGUGAAAGCGGAAAGUGCCACACCCGCCCUCACCCCCACUUUCUGAUUGGCUGUUUGAGCUGUGACGUCAUUCGGACACUCCAUUAGGUACACCGCCAUUUUUAAGUGUACCUAAUAACAGGCCACUUGAUUAGGGAAAAAUCAUGGUCAAAGCUUAAGUGAAAGCGAAAAGUGCCACACCCGCCCUCACCCCCACUUUCUGAUUGGCUGUUUGAGCUGUGACGUCAUUUGGACACUCCAUUAGGUACACCGCCAUUUUUAGGUGUACCUAAUAACAGGCCACUUUAUUAGGGAAAUAUCAUGGCAAAGCUUAAGUGAAAGUGAAAAGUGCCACACCCGCCCUCACCCCCACUUUCUGAUUGGCUGUUUGAUCUGUGACGUCACUCGGACACUCCAUUAGGUACACUGGCAUUUUCAAGUGUACCUAUUAACAGGGCCGGGAAAUGCAAUUCAAUAACUUGUUCCUGAAUGGGAAGUUUUUCUUUCUUCGUUUUGUUUUACGGCGAGGGGACACCAUCUUCCAUGCGCAUUACCGACUCCUAAGGUGUAGGAUAAGUUACGUCAUUGCAUGUUGGUUGAAGUCAUAUGAAGUGAAAAAAAGAAGGAAGAACUUCAGGAAGUGAUCCUUCACUGGUGUUCACUGAAACGAUUUGUUCUCUUGAUGAAUCGUUCACUCACGAGCCAACACUAACUUGUGUGUGCCCUGCAACUUCUAUGCUACUUCUACUCACUCAGUCAGCUGUGAUAGGAUCCAGCUCAAUCUUUAAAACGGAUUUAAAUGUGUUUAUUUUAAUACAAUUAUCACCAACAAAUCUUUGUACUUUUAAAGCACAGUGGAUAUUUUAACAACCUUUUUAAAAGUUUAUUAAGUACUACAAUUGUGAAUGUAAUGCAUCGUACUUGUGUGCUAUCGUUGGAAUAAAUGAAACAACAAAGAGAGUAAA